CUAGAACUACAGAAGCUACCUAACUCGCUCCUUCUACCUUCUCAGUCUUUCUUUCUAUUUCCGGUCGAGGCUAAAUUCCAAAUUUUCGCAUCGGAACAGCCCUUGAAAGAUCUCAGUCAAGCCAUUGCAAACUACCUAUCCUCAUCCAACGCGUCGGACUUGGAGCCGGCCUUCAGACGCGUACCACCAAACUUCACAACAUGGCGAACAACGACCAAGGCAGAAAGCGUGCGCGCUCACCCUCGAGAUCCCCAUCACGGUCACCACCCCGUCAGCGAAAGCGCCCCGGAGCAGGUGCCCGAGUGUCAGCCGCCGAUCGCGAAGCCGCCCGAAAGCGUGCGCAAGCGAGAGAAGAAGAGGCGGCGAGGAGGGCCCAGCAGGAAGCCGCGCAGAGAGGUGUGCACGAUGUCGUCAAGCAGCAUUACAAUGCCGUCCCGGAGCGAGGCCGCGAAUGGCGCAACACAGACAGCAAGAUCAAGGGCCUGCGCAGCUUCAACAACUGGGUCAAAUCCUCCAUCAUCCAGAAAUUCAUCGGCGACGAGCGGAACCUCAAGAUUCUCGAUGUCGGAUGCGGAAAGGGCGGAGAUCUGGGCAAGUGGGAGAAGUCGAGGAAGGUGGAGCUAUACGUUGGAUGCGAUCCCGCAGAUGUGUCGAUCAAGCAGGCCAAGGACAGAUUCGCCCAGAUGCAGAGGAAGAACCGGCGAUUGUUUCACGGCGAGUUCUACGCCAAAGACUGCUUCGGAGAGUGGCUAGGCGACAUACCCAUCAUCAAGGAGGUUGGUAUCGAUCCCGGAGCCGGCGGCGGCAAUGCCAUGAGCCAGCGCUGGGGCGGUGGUGGUUGGGACAUGGUCACCAUGAUGUUCUGCAUGCACUACGCUUUUGAGAGCGAGUCCAAGGCAAGAGGCAUGCUGCGCAAUGUCGCAGGCGCGCUGAAGAAGGGGGGACGCUUCAUUGGCUGCAUACCCAACUCGGACGUGCUGUCGCAAAAGGUCAUUGAGCACCACAAGGCCAAAGGCACAGCACCCCCUGAUGUGGACGGUGCCGAUGACGACGAUGACCGCCCCGCAUUCGCAAGUGACGACGAAGAUGACUGGGACCCGGAGAAGAGUCUUGAUAGCCCCAAGCCCGCUGAUACCGAGCACGCGAACGACGACAAGGCAGGCGGGUCGAAGAACAAGGAGAAGGAAAAGGAGAAGGAGAAAACACAGGACGAACAAGAGGACGGCGAAGUGGAGGACGAGGGCUUCGGCUUCGGCAACAGCAUCUACAGCGUCAAGUUCCCAGGCAAAACACCCUCCGAUGGCACAUUCCGUCCUCCGUUUGGCUGGAAGUACUCGUACUGGCUCACUGAAGCUGUUGAGGCGCCCGAGUACGUCGUUCCCUGGGAAGCUUUCCGAGCGCUGGCAGAAGACUUCAACCUCGAGCUGCAGUAUCGCAAGCCGUUCAGGGAGGUUUGGGAUGAGCAAAAGGACGACCCUAUCUUGGGUCCUCUCAGUGAGGUAAUGAAGGUUAGGGAUCGCUCGACUGGCCGACUCCUGACUUCGGAAGAGGAAUUGGAAGCGGCAGACUUCUAUCAUGCAUUCUGUUUCUACAAGGUUUAGAUGGGCAGCAUUAUCGGCGUCUGGGAUCUGGCAGGAAUGCCUGGGGUGAUGAUGGAAAAGUCAUCUUCAACGUGUAUAAUAUUUUCAUAUGGCAGGACAGAUCAGGUUUGUGAGUCAGAUUUGGAAGGGCUCCCCGAUGUUCAUACUUUACGCGACAGCCAAACAAGCUCAUUGAACUAUCACUGCAUACAAAUCUCGUCUCGUGUGCUCCUGAUGUUUACCAGUCGGCUGCAAAAUGUCGCGAUGACAACAGAAUGUAAGAAAGCCCGAGACAUGAUGGAGGUUAAAGCUAUCUUGUAGAGAGAGUGCUUGAAUAAAAAAUACUACAUGUAGCCAAC